AUGUACCUGCAUGCCGCCGUUCCAACCAACGCCUCAGACGACUACAUCUCCGAUGCAGCCCUCCAACAACAAUUCUCCGUGAUUCAAGCCGCAUACGCACCCCAUGACAUCCAAUUAUCCCUCGCCGGCACGAGCCGCACCAUGCAGGACAACAUCACCACCUACGCCGCGACCGAGAACGAGAACAGCAUCGUCAUCGGGACGCCCAACCCGGCCCUGGAGUCCUGGUGGCGCUCGAAGCGCACGGGGGACCACACGACCCUGCACAUCUUUGUGUACGCCUCGAUGCCGUUCCUCGGGCAGGCCAGCUUUCCGGACCCGGCGCGGCCCAAGUCCGAGUCCUGGCUGGACGCCGUGCACAUCAACGCCGCGGGCCUGCCGGGCGGGUCUCAGCAGGGGUACGAUCUCGGGCGGACCGCGGUGCACGAGUGCGACAACGAGGACACGGGGGACUUUGUGGCGGACACGCCGAGGCAGAAGGAUGCCACGAGCGGUGGAGGGUGUCCCGAGGGCAAAGACAGCUGUCCGGGGGUGCCAGGGCUCGACAACAUCCAUAAUUACAUGGACUACAGCGGGGAUGCGUGCAAGGUCAUGUUCACGCCUGGGCAGGAGGUGAGGAUGCAUAACUUGUACAACAGCGUGAGGGCUGCCAGCUGGUGA